CGGGCACUACGGGUCCCGUGUGUGCGUGUGCGUGCAUUUGGGCGAUGCCUUGUCCAAAUCCUCGUUGAAGUGUCGAUUCUUCAGGUCAUGCUUGCCGGGCCCGCUCAACAAGCUUCCUCAUGAGCAACGCACUUUGGGAGUUGCAGCGAACUCUGGCUCGUGGCACGGUCGUCGUCAUCUGUGCUGUCAGCAGCCGAGCAUUUCGGUAGACGCCCCGGCGACUCCGUCAACUACAGCAGCUGCUGCGUUAAAUAUUCUUCAACACCAACACGAUGCUGCGGCCCACGCAGGGUAGCUAGCGUUCAACAAGGCUAGCGCUCAACGAGUGCGCUCUGCGGAGAAACUACUCAGGAUGGAUGUGUUCAACCGACUAAGGUCUACAGUUUCGAACCUGAGUACCGUUCUACCGGGCAACCCAGUCACACGGGAAUAUGAAAUCAUCAAACAUGUGGGGAGCGCUGGUCCUGGUCUUCUCUGGAAAAUAUUCCAAGCCACAAAGCGAAGCACCAAGGAGGAGGCAGCUGUGUUUGUCCUGGAGAAGAAGCAGCUUGACCGCUACUCCAAAAGGGACAGGGAGCACAUAAUGGAACUUCUGAAGCAAGGAGUAGCGCAGCUAACACGACUUCGCCAUCCCAGCAUUCUCACUGUUCAGCAUCCGAUGGAAGAAUCAAGGGAAAGCCUGGCAUUUGCAACAGAACCGGCAUUUUGUAGUUUAGCCAACAUACUUGGCGAAACUGAGAACAUGCCUGUUCCGCCUCCACCCGAGCUCAAGGACUAUCAGUUGUUCGACGUCGAAAUCAAGUAUGGGUUCCUGCAGGUGUCUGAAGGGCUGGCCUUCCUUCACAACGAUGUGAAACGCCUCCACCGCAAUCUCUGCCCACAGUCAAUAGUGGUUAAUAAGAAAGGAGCUUGGAAGAUUGCCGGAUUUGACUUCAGCAUAGGUGCCAACAAUCCACAGGAUCCACAGCCUUCGUACCGGAGCCUGAACCUGGAACCAGACCUGCCGCCCUUGGCCCAGCCGAACUUGAACUACCUGGCCCCCGAAUGCGUCUUGGCAGACUCCAACGACACCGCGAGCGACAUGUUCAGCCUCGGCAUUCUCGUGUACGCCGUCUACAACAAGGGCAGCACCUUAUACGACGCCAACAGCAGCGUGGCAUCUCUGAAGCAGUGCAUUAACAAGCAUUUGAAGCAUUUGUCACCGGGAAAGUUGAACGCCCUGCCCGAAGAUGCCAAGGAGCACGUGAGGAUGCUCCUGAGCGUGACGCCGGACAUCAGGCCAGAUGCGCAUCAGUUCUCUAAGCUGAAAUUCCUGGAGGACGUGGGUGUCAAGACGCUUCAGUAUUUGGACUCCCUCUACCAGUGGGACAACCUGCAGAAGUCCCACGUCUACAAGGGGCUGCCCCAAGUGCUGGCGCAAAUGCCCAAGCGUGUGGCCCUGCACCGCGUCCUGCCGUGCCUGGUGAAGGAGUAUGCCAAUCCGGACAUGGUGCCGUUUGUGCUGCCCAGCGUGCUGCUCAUUGCCGAGCAGGCCAGCAAGGAAGAGUUCUGCUCCAUCAUCCUGCCGGACCUGAUACCGAUAUUUAGGCUAAGGGAACCCGUGCAGAUACUGCUGAUCUUCAUGCAAAAGAUGGAGCUGCUCUUGACCAAGUGCCCUCCCGACGACAUCAAGAACCACGUUCUGCCAAUGAUUUAUGGUGCGCUUGAAUCGGAUGCCCAACAAAUCCAGGAACUUUGCCUCAACAUCAUCCCGGACUUUGCGCACCUAAUAGACUACCCGUCAAUGAAGAAUGCCCUGCUGCCAAGGAUUAAGAGGCUGUGCCUUCAGACCAGUUUCCUAUCGGUACGCGUCAACUGUCUGGUGUGUCUGGGAAAGCUGCUCGAGCACCUGGACAAGUGGUUGGUGCUGGAUGAAAUCCUUCCCGUGCUGCCCGAAAUACGGUCCAAAGAGCCUGCGGUCCUCAUGGGAAUACUGGGCAUCUACAAGCUGGCCAUGAGCCACAAGAAGCUGGGUCUCACCAAGGACGUGAUGGCAUGCAAGGUGAUCCCGUUCCUCAUGCCUCUCACCAUCGAGAAUGGGCUGACGCUCAACCAGUUCCAAGCCAUCAUGGGCGUAGUCAAGGAGAUGAUUGCUGCCGUCGAGAUGGAGCACAGGGCUAAGUUGGAGCAGCUCAACUCCAUCAAGCAGGAGCAGAGUGCUGCAAUGGAGAUGACUAAUCCCAACGAAAUUGUUCCUGGUCUCACAAUGUCAAACAAAGCAAACUCUACGACCAGUAACGUGUACGAUGACCUUGGAAUUUCCAAUUUCUCAGCACCGUCGCCAAACGCCAACGCUACGAAGUCACCAACGCAGAAACUUAAGCAACAGUCCCUCUCCAUAGAGGAGAAGCAGAGGCUGGCCCGCGAGCAAGAGUUCCAGCAGCGCGUACAGACACAGCCGUCACUGAUUCCCGCCAAGCCCGCUCCCACACAACCAGCACACAAACCAAAGGACUUGACGUCCACGCUGAUCAACUCCAACCUGGCCUCUCUCAACAUCCGGAGCCCAACAGGUUCUAAUCCAUUCGGUGGUUCGCCCGGCUACGGAUCGUCUCCAGGCUACGGAUCCUCGCCCGCCGGCGACUUUUCCUCGGCCGGAACGUCUCCGGCAGUGCCUCAGUGGGGGUUCCAGGGCACCCAACAGACAGCCACGCCGUCGAUGGCGAUGCCGGCGCGCUUCGCAAUGCCACCGCAGCCAUUGAAUAGACAGCCACAGCAGCAGCAACAACAACAAAUAAACACGUCUGCCUUCGACAGCUUGCUUCCUCGUCUGGGCUCGGGGCCUUCGAUGGGUGCACCACGACCCACGCUCAGCCAAAUGGCGCCACCCCCCACGAACAACUUCGGGAACUUUGUCAGUGCGCAACCACCGGUGCAGAAUUCGACGCCCUCCUUCGCCACGCCCGUCAAGCCCUUGUCCAAAAGUGAAAUGGACGACCUUCUCAGCUGAGUCGCUGUAGUGAAGAACUGUCGGCACAUUGUGGACGCUGUGGACGUCGCUGGUACACAGCAGGUCAGUGCACGAUACACUGCUCGCAACAGCAGGUGGUCCUUUAAGGAUUGCAGCCUGGACCAAAUGUUCGUGCCAGUAAACCGGUGUAAAUGGGUGCAGUGGUCUUGAAGCAAUGCUUGUUUGUGCACAGCAGCUAUUUGAAGACCACCUGCUCAUGUGCUGCUUAUUGCCAUGCCACCUCACUGCGGUUUCAAGUAUACUAUCACCUUGUGACACUUGGGUGCGUGUGUCUGUGCACUGAUCAGCAUAGCAGGAUGCACAGUGGGAACGAUUCCGUCACGCAUUCCGUGAGCGUAAGCAAAAAAAUGCAUUUUGGUGUCGGUCAAAACUUGUGGGCGGGCACGACAGGCACGGACAAUGCAGCUCACGUGAUUCACAUGCAGUUCUAAAAUGAAUUCCAGGCUUGAUCCUGCAUUUUAUCUGGCAGAAUUUACUGUACUUUAAUUUUAGAUGUGUAAAUUAAAGAGAAAAAUAUGACACAA